AUGGAAGACCCAGCCAACAACUACGACCACAAAGAAAAAGCCAUCAUAGAUGAAAGAAUAAAAGAACUGACCCACAACCAUGACGAAUACAUCCACAACCACCCAGAACUCCAGCAAAUCCUCAAUGAUUUCGUAACUGAAGUUUUGCUUCACAAACCCCAGGACACAAUUCUUUUUGCACGCGAAUUUUUCUCAAAAUUCAACCCUACCCCAGUCCUCAACAAGCCUCUUGCCAUAAUUGGUCCUUCAGGCGUCGGCAAAUCUACCCUUAUAAAAGCUUUGACUGAGCAAUUUCCAGGGGUUUUUGAAUUUUCUAUAUCCUUUACUACCAGAAACCCCCGAGGCCAAGAAAAGAACGGGGUUGAGUAUUAUUUUAUUACAAAAGAAGAAUUUAUGUCAAAAAUUGAUGCUGGAGACUUCAUUGAAUGGGCUGAGGUCCAUGACCACUUUUAUGGGACUUCUAAAAGUGUUAUAGACGAUAUUUAUUCCAGAGGAAAAGUGUGUAUUUUAGAUAUCGAUGUACAAGGCGCUGUUAAGAUUUUCCAAUCAGGGCUGGAAUUUAAUAGAGUUUUUGUGAUGCCGAAAUCUAUGAAGUCGUUAGAAGAUAGGCUUAGAGGGAGAGGCACUGAAGAUGACAAUAUUUUGAGAGUCAGACUGAGGAAUGCUCAAACUGAAAUAGAAACUGCAAGGGAAAACAGGUUAUUUUUAAAAAAUUUCCAUAAUUUUUUUUUCUAUUAGGCUGUUAAUUUUUUUAAAUAUCAUAAGCAAGCCACCUCUUUUAACGUGAAAAAUUAUCCUUGGUCUAAAAUAAUAACCAGGGAAAACCCUAAUAUUUUCAAAGAUUUUAUCACAAAUGACGUAUUUGAGCAGGCUUAUAAAGACUUUUUGCAUUUGAUUUAUAGAUAUUAUGAGCAUUUGAGAAGCUAA